AUGGCAGAAACAAAAGAUCCAGCAACCUAUCCGACCAAGGUGUACUCAAGUUCUGGCAGUGGAUGGAGACGGGCAAAGCACCGCCUGGCGGAGACAAAUGGGGCGUGUGAAAACAGUGUUCAUUUCGACCGCGGGAAGCUCUUGUCCGACAUGGAUCGACAUGGUAGGGGUGAACUUCAGAUGGGCACCCGCAUUUCUGAUUUCUGUAGGGAACAUGUCAUGAACAAAGCGGUGCUGCUGCGCCAGUGGCUUCGGGGACUGCAGAUCUCUGUCCCAAACUUCGAGAUUUCGCAAGCUCUCUCAAAGCUGGGCGUGGCGCUGAACAUCACUGGUGGCAGAUGUCGAGGUUUAGAGCUGGAAGAAUUUCAGCUGGUCGACGGCUCGGCGGAUCCGCACCAGAUGGCCUUCACCCUUCAACUGGACAUGGGCAUUCACUGCUUGGUGAACACCACUCUGCAGGCCAUCGGUCCGGCGAAGACCUGUGAGUUGGAGAUGGAGACGGCAGCGGCUGUGGCUCGUGUUGGGUGCCUGUCGAACAUGGAUUGCCGGGAGAAGUUUCAGCGACUUGUGCGUGGAUGCCUCAGACAGAAUCCACCACCAUUGCUGUCCUCUUGUUUGUUUGGAUAA